AUGGCAUUUUCAAACCUUUGCAUUCAACACUUCCAGACAAUCUUUACAGGCUGGAUUGUCCAGGCGAACAAACAAGGUAUCCAAGACUCACGGUCUGCGGAUGUGGGUGUUGGGCAGGGCUCAGCUCUCUCGCCUGUUAUCUCUGGGCUGUUCAUUGCUCUGGACCAUUCUGGCCCAUCCAAACAACUUGAUGAUAAUAAUGUGGGCCUGGACACCUACAAUCCCUUGCUGGAUCUGGGGUAUGCCCCACAUACCGGUGCUACACCUUUGAAGCCCAAGACCUAUUGGAGGUACCUGGGCUUCUACUUUGACCGCAGGCUCACCUUUCAUGAGCACGUCUGCUACUAUGCCACUAAGGCGUUCACCACCGUGCAGGCUAUGUGCAUGCUCGGAAACUCUACCAGAGGUCUCUCACCUAAACAGCAGCGCCUCCUCUACAGAUUGUGUGUGGUUCCCAUUGCCACAUAUGGUUAUCGUCUCUGGUAUUACAAUGGCGCCCAUAAUAAGGGUGCGAUGAACCAGCUGAAACGGAUGCAGCAGAAAGCUGCUCUAUGGAUCACGGGUGCUUUCCGCACCUCACCUACAGGCGGUCUUGAGGCCUUGGCAGUAUACCGUGUCGCCACCCUCUCGGACACCCACCCCCUUUGCUCUAUGAUGGGCGAGGGACUCCUUAGACGAGCCGCACCACAUGCUCGCUCAGCCGCCUUGAUGACCCCAGCCAUGCGAGGGAAAGUCAAGAGCACCGUUAUGGAGGUGGACGAGCAUGUCCACACCUUAACUGAGAGCUUCGAGCCCUUUGCGCCUGAAGCUCGCCCAGGUGAUCGGUUACUGGACCACUAUACGGACUGUCUCCACUUUGACGAGCGCGAUCCUGCCCAGGAUAGGCGACCAUAUCUAGACGAGCUCAUUGCGAAAGCGAGGGCUGACCCACUAACAGUACUGGCUGCAACUGAUGGCUCUGUCCCUCAGUCCAACCAGUAUCAGGCGGCUUCAGCAGCCAUCAUCUACAAGGGACAUCGCGAGCUUGAAAGGACUCAUUAUGUCUCUGGCAGAGUUACCACCCCAGAUGCGGAACUCAAUGCCAUCUCAUGUGCAGUGCGCCUUGCUGUCAAGCAGGCAAACUGCCAACAUAUUAUGGCUUUCAGCCUGUCAGUUUGUCACGCUCUCCAAGAGUGGUUUGAGGCGGAUGAUCUCCGCUGCAUCACCUUUAUCUACGUUCCCUCUGCUUUGCGGUGGGAUAUCCAUGUCCUGGAUUCGUGGAGUUCCACUUUCCAGGAUCCAACCUACCGAGGCUCUGAAUUCUUAGAGCUUCAACAGCCUGACAAGCAGCCGCUACAGCCAUCGUACCUCAAUGGGGGACCUUGGCUUUCAACAUUCGGACACAGUAUCACUGAGUUCGCUCGCGUUUGCCGGUGUAUAACUGGCCACGCGCCCAUUGGGGCGUAUUACCGUCGCUUCAAGAUCAAUGAGCCUCAUGGCUGCACUUGUGGGGCUGCUUUGCAGUCUCGCCAGCACAUCCUCUUUCGCUGUCGCGAUUGCUACUCCAUGCAUUACCCCCGCUUUCUUGGGGAUAUUGCAUCUUUUAUGAAGUACAACUCCACAGUGUUUGGCUUCAACCAGGACCCUUCAGGUGUCAGAUAA